AUGGAACUUCCCCCUAGAGUUGCAGGAGCCAAGGCUGGCCAAGUUUAUAAACUGACCAAGUCUUUAUAUGGUUUAAAGCAGGCCAGUAGACAGUGGAACACAAAACUUUGUGUUGCCUUGCAGAGGAUGGGGUUUAAGCAGUCAGUGCCUGACAAUUCUUUAUUCAUCAAAGGCAAGGGAUCAUCUUUUGUGGCACUACUAGUGUAUGCUGAUGACAUAGUAGUAGCCAGUGUUGAUUUAGAUUUAAUUCAACAGAUUAAAAAGCAGCUCAAUGACUGUUUUCAGAUCAAAGACCUAGGCUCUUUGAAGUAUUCUUUAGGCCUAGAGGUGGCAAGGCAGAAGAAAGGUAUUGCAGUGUCACAAAGGAAGUAUGCUCUUGAGCUAUUAGAAGAAGCAGGUUUCAUUGAUUCCAAACCUGUAUACAGUUCCACAGUCCCUUCACACAAACUAAGUAAGGAUGAGGGUGACUUGCUUGAUGACAAUGCUCAAUAUAGAAGGUUGGUUGGAAAGUUAUUAUAUCUCACCAUUACCAGGCCUGACAUAAGUUUUGCCACACAGCAGUUAUCCCAGUUCUUGGACAAGCCUACACAUCUACACCUACAAGCAACUCAUAGGGUGCUAAGGUACAUCAAGAGUGCUCCUGGACAAGGCUUGUUUACGUUCUUUCCGGCAUCCUCUGAUAUGAGCUUGAAGGCCUUUUCUGAUGCAGAUUGGGGAGCCUGUAUAGAUUCCAUAAAAUCUGUGACAAGUUUUUUCAUCUUCUUGGGGCAAGCUUUGAUCUCAUGGAAGUCCAAAAAGCAAGCUACAAUCUCCAAAUCUUCCUCAGAAGCUGAAUACAUGGCCUUAGCUGCUACUACAUGUGAAGUACAGUGGAUCAUGUACUUGCUUGCUGAGUUUGGCUUACUGUCUACUACUCCCACUUCCAUUUAUUGUGACAGUAAGUCUGCCAUAGCUAUUGCUGAGAAUCCGGUUUUCCACGAACGAACGAAACAUAUUGAGAUUGAUUGCCACCUUGUUAGGGAGAAAGCUCAGAAAGGGAUCAUCAAGUUGUUUCAUGUCAGCUCUACAAAUCAGUUGGCAGACGUUUUUACUAAAACACACUGCCCAAGCUCCUUCUACAGUUAUGUUUCCAAGCUUGGAUUGCUAAACCUCUAUAAUCCAAGCUUGGGGGGACUAUUAGGGAUCAAGAACCAGAUGACACAUCAUCAAAUAAUAUUCUACAAAAUUGAUUAUGUUAGAGUUAGUUUUAUUGCCUUUUCUCCCUUUGUAAUCUUUCCUGCUUCUCUUCUUGUACGUAUAUAA